AUGUUUCGAGUUUUCUCGAAGUUCAAUGCACUCUUUGUCCGCCCGGCUAUUCGGGGUGCUAUCCAGGAAUAUCAGACAAGACUCAUCGAAAAUGUUAAAUUAGAUAUUUCAUCUCUCCAGGAAAGGUUUCGCCAACAGUACUCUAGUUCUGAAGAUUUUGAGAUGUCAAAGCUUAGGGAUAUGCCAUUAAUUGCCGGCACUAUCGGCUGGAUAAAACAAAUUGAGUCUCAGCUUGAUAUGUAUAUGCAGAGGGUUGAGCAUGUGCUCGGUAAAGGGUGGCAGGCAUAUGCUGAUGGGCAGAAGCUAUAUAUAGAGAGCACCAUGUUCAGAAAAAUGUUGGAUGCCUCUGCUCUCUACCAGGAGUGGCUUAAAGCUGUUACUAAGCGCAAUCUGGUAAUCCAGGGCCCUGUUCUCACAAUAAUUCAAUCUCGUAAUCGAGGAAGCGCUGUCAACUAUGAGGCACAUGUGAAUUUUGAUCCUCAGAUAAUCAAUCUCUUCAAAGAGGUACGGAACCUACUUUGGAUGAAUUUUCAGAUCCCCCAUUCUUUGGUGGCCACAGCUAAAGACGCUAAAAAAAUUUACCCAUUUGCUGUCAGUUUGAUCGAUUCACUCAGGGUAUUUAGCAAUAUUAAGAACUCAGUGUCACUUCAAUAUCCGGAACUUCAACCAUUACUAUAUGGCAUGGAGAACAAUAUAUACAAACGUGUGUCACAGUGUAUGGAGUUGAAAUGGGAUUCUUUGGUUCAUGACUAUGACAUUAAUGGCGAAUCUAGUAGGGGAGAAAUUGGUGCUGCUAAGCUCGUUUACGACAUCGAAGAGUUAGUAACUAUAUACCAGAUAAAAGGGGAGGGUAUUGUAAAUUUAUAUGACACUAUUCUGGGUGCAUUAGAUGGUUUACGAGAAUGUGAGUUUGGCUAUUCCAGCUUUGCUAAGUCCUUGAACACCAUUCAAGAGAGCGUUGAUAAACUAAGCUUAGAAGUUUAUACGAACGUAGCGCAGUUUGUUAGCAUAUUAAAUGGUAAGAUUAAGGUAAUUCUUGCGGAAAGGUGUGAAGAUCUCAUAGCCAUGUGGGUUACUGUGUUCCAAGAUCCACAGAGCAAAAUUACUGGAGACAACCUGUUUCUCAAGAUGAAGUUUGCAACUCAUGAGUUGACGUUACGUAACCAAGUCGUUCAUUUGAGUCCACCUCUCAAGUCAACACGGGUCGUCUGGUUAGCUCACCUGCAGGAUAUUAUCAGCUCAAUAUGUAAGCUGAGUAAAAUUGAAGCGAAUAGGUUUGAUCAGCUAGGGAAGGGGAAAGAUAAGAAAUCAUUCUCCAAUAUUCCUUUGGAAAUUUCUCAUUCUCUACUCACGGCCUAUAAAACUAUUGAUAAUCUACUAUUUCAUGCUGAAAAUUACCUUGAGAGAUGGUAUCAGUUUCAAAACCUCUGGGACCUUGAGGCGUCUAGGGUAUUUGAUAUCUUGGGAGAUGACAUGGAACGGUGGCUUCAGAUCCUCAGUGAAAUUCGUAAGGCGCGAACAACAUUUGAUACAAAUGAAGCAUAUAAAGAGUUUGGUUUGUUGCGAAUCGAUAUUAGGCCAGUUCAGGCUCGAAUUGUAUCGAAGUAUGACGCUUGGCAGAGAGAUAUUAUCCGCCAGUUUGCCGAAAUUUUAAACUCUAAGAUGAGAGAUACGUGUAGUGAGAUUGAAGCCUCCCGUAGGGAUCUGGAAAAGCAGGUAAUUGAUAUUUCGUCAACUCAAGCGGUCGUGGCUUGCAUUUUUGCCAUACAACACAGCACGAAAAAUCUCGAUAGGUGGGAACAUUCUGUGAGUAUAUUUGGCCGGGGUGAGGCGACCUUGGCAAGAUACAGGUUUCAAUUCCCUUCAUCGUGGUUAUACAUUUUGCAUAUCGUUAAUGAAUGGAAUGCGCUGAACGAAAUUCUUUCUCGUAAAAAGAAAGCUCUUGAUCAACAACAAGAUGCUGUUCAUGCCAAAGUUCAAUCAGAGAUUCUGCGCUUGAAUGAUCGUGUAAACACCUUAGAAGAAAAGUGGCAGAUUGAUAAGCCUGUGUCUGGCACGCUGGAUCCUAAAGAGACACGGAAGCUGCUCUCUAAGUAUGAGUCUGAUGUAUCCGACAUUCAAACUGAGUCUGACCUUUUGGCUAAAGCAUCAUCUGCCUUAAACAUCGAAUUUGCUGUUCCGUCGGCACUAGAGGCUACUGUGGAAGAAAUACGGGACUUUGGAUCUGUAUGGGGUGCUCUAGACACUAUUUGGAACUCGUUGAAUGAUCUACGAGAAACACCUUGGGCUAGCGUUGUGCCAAGAAAAGUUCGGCAGGAAAUUGAUAAUCUAACUCAUAUGACCAAAAAUAUGCCUACCAGAAUUCGCCAAUAUUCAGCAUUUCAACAUAUCCAGAAUGUCUUGAAAACUCUAUCUAAAGCUAACCCACUGUUGUCUGAGCUACGCUCAGAUGCCAUUCGUGAGAGGCACUGGGAAAGCCUUCAUAAGAAACUGCUUCAAUCUUCUAGCAGGCUCUUUUUUACUAGCAUGACAUUGGGUAAUGUGUGGGAUAUGGAUUUGAAUACGAAUGCUUCUACAGUUAAGGACAUUAUCGAAAUAGCUCGAGGUGAAAUGGCACUUGAAAUUUAUCUGAGAGAAGUACGCGAAUACUGGGUUGGAUUUUCCUUAGAGUUGGUGAACUAUAAGAACACAUGUCGACUGAUUAAGAACUGGGAUGAAAUAUUUGUCAAAUCCAGCGACCACAUUAAUUCUUUGAAUACUAUGCAUAACUCCCCGUACUUUAAAGUAUUUGAAGAAGAGUGUCGUUCGUGGGAAGAAAAAUUAAAUAGAGUUCAUCUACUUUUUGAUUUGUGGGUAGAUGUACAACGGCAAUGGGUGUAUCUUGAAGGCGUAUUCAACAAUAAUAUGGAGAUAAAGCACCUUCUACCUGUCGAAUCAUCUCGUUUCCAGAAUAUCAACUCAGAACUCUUUGUUAUUCUCCGGAAAGUAUACAAGUCCACAUUAAUCUUGGACGUAUUAAAUAUUUCUGGUAUUCAGCCGUCGAUUGAGAGGUUAGCUGAACUACUGGAAAAGGUGCAAAAAGCUUUAGGAGAGUAUUUUGAAAAGGAAAGGCAGAGGUUCAGUCGGUUCUAUUUUAUAGGUGAUGAAGAUCUACUCGAAAUUAUUGGCAAUUCUACGGAUAUUCGUAGAGUUGAAAAGCAUCUAUCCAAGAUGUUCUCUGGUAUAGCAGGAUUAUUAUAUGAGGCAGAAACCAGUUUAAUAAGUGGAGUUAUUUCUAAGGAAGGUGAAAAGCUCCCAUUUGCGACACCAAUAUCCUUAAUUAAAAUGCCCCAUGUAGUGGAUUGGCUUACAGCUGUUGAAACCCAAACAAAAACCUCUCUUAUAGCUUUGCUACAUGAAGCGGUGGAUAGCUUGAUAGGAAUAGCUACUCAAUUUGAUGCUGAUAGUCAAUCUAUGGAUGAAAGCUUCUUUUUUUGGACUCAAAAGUUUCCAACCCAAAUCAACUUACUUGCCACCCAAGUUGUUUGGACACGAAGAGUUGAAGCUAGUCUAAGCUCUUCCACAAAUCCUAGCUUGGAGCUGACCAAAUCGUAUUGUGAGAGAAUGCUUGAGAUUUUAGCGCACAAGGUUCUCCAUGAUUUGACUGUAAUAGAACGAAAAUGCUGUGAAGCUCUAAUAUCAGAGCUAGUGCAUCAGCGCGAUAUUAUAUCACAUCUAAUAAAGGAGAACGUCACAUCACUAUCCGAUUUCGAGUGGCAAUCUCAAAUGACUUUUCACCUAAGUAGUAACGUUAAGGAUCUAUUCAAAUCUCUAGUCGUGAAACAGGCGAAGGCAAGCUUCGUUUAUGGAUUCGAAUAUCUUGGUGUCCCGGAAAAACUAGUGGCUACCCCUCUUCUGGAUAAAUGCUUUCUAUCUAUGACUCAGGCCCUAGAUCAAAAACUAGGUGGAUCCCCCUUUGGUCCUGCUGGAACAGGUAUGUCAUCGGAAUAUGUUUGUUAUGCCAUGUGA